UGGUUAUGUUUGGAGCCUGGAGCACAGUUCGGAGCCUACUUUAUUUUUUUUGUAUUUAAAAUUCUUGUUGAAUCGAAAAAGUUGGUCCUCGUGUAUUCUAUAAAACAAAAGAAAAUAAUAAUGAAUGGCAUUUUAUUUCGAAGAACCGCUAUGAAAAUACUAAAGAAUAGGGAAUCUCUUCUAAAGCCAGGAAAUGAAUAUCGGCGAGAAUAUAAUGAAGUUGCUGUUGAUGAUAUCCCUGAAGUAUCAACGAGCUCAAUUAAAAGAACGAUGAGACUGAAUAAUGUAAAUUACGAGGAAGGAUUCACUUGUUUUUCAGUGCCAUGCACACUUUGUCAAAAACCACUGAAAACUACAAAAUUGUAUAUUAACAAAUAUACAGGAAUGUAUAUGUGUGCUGCCUGUAAAAAAACUGGCCAGUGGAAUGAACUUGAAUCAUCAUUCAAUAGAAGGACUAAGAAGAUUAGAGCCAAGGAUGAGGAAGCUGUUUCAGAAAUAGAUAAACUGAAACAAGCCUUAGAUAACAUUAGAAGUAUUACUAGAGAUAUCAAAUCACUGGAUGAAGAGUCAUUUCAAAAUGUUUUGAAAAAAUUUAGGUUACCUGUAGUUUCAAAUUCAACUUUCGAAACCCUCGACGUCCGGAUAGACGAAAAACGAACCUCGAUGUACUUCCCCCUGGAGAACGUCGAAUCCGAAAUAGUGGGCUACCGAAAAAUCCACAGCCGCACCAACGAAGACGUAGUAUUACCCACCGAAACGUAUGGCGGAGUUUUAUCAGGCAAGGUGCCGCGGAGCAAAGACACUGCGGUCCUGGUCCCAAACAUCGCAGAUUUUCUAGUCCUCAUGAAUGCCAAAGUCAGCUCCAACGUAGUGUGCUUGCCUAAGGGAGUGAACAGUCUGCCGCAGUACGCUCUGCCCAGCUUGGAGCGGUUCAAGAAGCUGGUGUUGUGGUUCGGGACCGACAACAAGUCUUGGAAUGCCGCCAAGUUGUUCGCUAAGAAGCUGGAGGAGAAGAGAUGCCAUCUAGUCAGGCCAACAGAUCAACAGAAGCUUCCUCAUCUGGAUGCAACACAAGAUUUCAAAUCGAUUAUUGCAGCUGCCCAACCUGUUUGGCACAAAUCCAUUACAACAUUUUCGACUCUGAGGGCAGAGGUUCUAUCAGAUCUACAAAAUAUUGAUAAGGUGCAAGGCGUGAAAUGGCGGCGCUUUCCGACGCUGAACAAAAUCCUGCAGGGCCACAGGAGCGGCGAGCUGACCGUCUUCACCGGCCCCACGGGCUGCGGCAAAACCACCUUCAUCAGCGAGUACUCGCUGGAUCUCGCCAUGCAAGGUGUGAAUACGUUAUGGGGUAGUUUCGAAAUAAGGAAUGCAAGACUGGCCAAAACCAUGUUACAGCAGCUCUCGGGUCUCCCUCUGGAUGAAAAUUUGCAUUUAUUCGACCAAUGGGCCGAUCAGUUCGAACAGUUGCCCAUACAUUUCAUGACAUUCCAUGGUCAUCAAAGUAUCAAAAUAGUAAUGGAGACGAUCGAACACGCGACGUACGUCUACGACAUCUCCCACGUCAUCAUCGACAACCUCCAAUUCAUGAUGGGCGUGUCGGAGGAGCAGCGGUUCGUCGACCGUUUCGGCAAGCAGGACGCCAUCAUCGGCGCGUUCAGGGAGUUCGCGACGAAGAAGAACUGCCACGUGACGCUGGUCAUCCAUCCGAGGAAAGAGCGCGACGACGAGGACCUCACGGCCAGCUCGAUUUUCGGAGGGGCUAAGGCUUCGCAGGAGGCCGACAACGUACUCAUCAUGCAGGACAGGCGGCUGACGACGGUCAGAGGAAAAAAGUAUUUGCAGAUUGUGAAGAAUAGAUAUAGUGGCGAUCUGGGAAUAAUGCCUUUGGAGUUCGAUAAAUCUAGUCUGAGCUUUCAACAAAAGAAAACCAGAACAAAAAAAUUGGAAGAAUCUCACGAAACGUCACCAAAUUCAGGAUCUGACCAGGAAGUUUCCAAGUAA